AUGCAGCGUCAAAAUUGGCUUAAAGCGGUUGCAGCUUCAACUGUGUUUGGAUCUGUACUUGUUAAUGGCUUGUCGUCCGACAACGUUGAUGCAACUACCACGUAUACUUCCACUGUUGUGAUCUACACAACAAAAUUAAGUUCCGACGAAGCAGCAUCCAGUAUAAGCGCUCAAUCUGCGUCGGCAGCAAGUGCAGCAUCUGUCAGUUCAGUAGAGCUAGCUAGAUCACUGUCUUCUGCGUCCGCUGCAUCCUUUUCUUCCGAGGAGGCCUUACUUUCCUCGGAAUCCGCUGCAAGUGCAGCCAGUGUAGCCAGUGCCACCAGCGUAGCGAGUGUUUUAUCAACGGCCUCCGUGCAUGCUGCCUACCUGGCUUCCAUUUCCCAGAGAGAGGCAUCUCAAGCCUCCGCAUCUCAAGCCUCCGCGUCUCAAGCCUCCGCGUCCGAGGCUUCUGCGUCUAUCGCGUCGGCGGUAUCAGCUCAAGCGUCUAUUUCAGAUGCCUAUAAUUCCUCCAACGCUUCUCAAGCUUCUAUCUCUCCAAUGUAUCCAUCGGACCGGGCUGAUUCUCAGAUGUCAUCUUCUUCAGUGUCUUCUUUGACUACCAUUAAGUCAUCGACUACCAAAGUUCCGGCUCUUGAAAAACAGCUCAAGACUCAAUCAGCCAUGAAUGGUUCGGAACCAAUAUCGACAGCUGCGACAAACAGUACUUCUUCCCGAAUUACUUCAUCUUCGGCUUUUCUGUCGACUGGCAAUUCUUUAACGGUUAGCUCGUCUUCAGCCUCGGUUUCUCACUCUAUGUCAUCUACAACCGCUAGCAGUGAAGGUGCUGGCAUCUCGCUGGGCACUAAUGGCUUACUCUUGGGAGUUGCUGGUGGAAUAAUUAUGGGACUAAUCUGA